GUAUACUCUAUAAAAGGGACGAGGUCCCCUCAUUGUAAAGGAUCCGAUUUUUUAGUGAAUAUACUCCUACUUUGCAUUCUCUCUCUCUAAACUUUACAAAAUUUGCUUAGUCAAGAUAUUCAGUGGUUUAUCACCAUCAAAUUGGUGCUCUCGUUGAGAGAAGAGAAACAUACUCGUAGGUUUACUCCCGAGAACGAGAAUGGUGCAAACAAGGAGCUACGUCCCCAUCACUAGCCACGUCGCCGGCGAGGAGAAUGGUUCGGGCAACGGUAAUGGCACUGGAGGGAUUACCUCAGCCCCCGACGCGGUCCAGGCGCUGUUCAGUAAGGGGUUGACCGUGGAGCAGCUCCAGGCUGCCGUAGCGGCCCUCUCUGCCAUUGGCGAGAGUGGACCCGGCACCGAAACUACCCAGGCCCCGCGAGGACCUAAUACCGAACACGCUUCCACUUCCCAUCAUAAGGGGAAGAAGACCCGAAGGAGCCGGAGGAGGCCUGACAAGGCUCCAGUGAUCAAGGAGGUGCUGGUCGAGGACAUUCUAGAAGGGGAGGAUGACGAAUCCAGCGAGUGUCAAGUAUCGGCCUUCAAGCGCCUGGGAGGUGAAGAGACUCGCGUGUCGGCUUUCAACAGGCUCAAGCGGGGACAAGAAGCACCGAACGAGGUCAAGUAUCGCUGUUUGCUCGUAACGUUGGAGGGCUCCGCGUGCAAUUGGUUCAACCGAAUCUCGAAGGGGACCAUUGAUGAUUGGGACACGCUUAUGGAAAAGUUUCUAACGCACUACGCGGCCAACAAGAGGCAAAGGCUACCAUACUCCCACCUCCUCAACAUAUGCAUCCGCAAGGGAGAGAAGGUCCGAGAUUUCAUAGUUCGCAAGCCGGCCCGGUCCGGCCCGUCUCUACCAGAUCUUCUCCCCGCGCGGAUUACUUUCCGGUCGUCGUCUCCGGCUUCGAUGACUUCUUCUCUCGCAUUCCGAAACGAGUGGAACUCAGGCUUGGAGUUCUUUAAUUGGGUCAAAUCUCAGCAGGGGUUCCAAAGCAGUAUUUCCUUCUCCCAUUCGGUUGGUGCAUCUUUGUGUCAGUAUAAACAUGUGAUUGAAGCUCGAGAAAUGUGUUUUGGGAAUGGGGAAGACAAUAAGGGCUUCCUGUGGCAGGACACUGAAAAGCCAAUGCAAGAGAGAUACUGGAGAUGCUUGAGAGGAUGGCUGAAAAAGGAGUUAAACCCAGGUUGGAUACAUGUGUGAUGCUAGAGGUUUUGGAGAAUAAGGACGAGUGGCACGU